UCUUAUUUCCAAACACCUCUCUACUUCUUUGUUUCACAUCUCACAAAUAACCUCUUUGAUUUCUUCUAUCCUCUUUAAGCAAAUGGGAACUGUUGUGUAUCAACAAGGGUUUCAGUCAUCUCAGCUUGAUGAGCCUAGGGCUUUAAGGCUUAGGCUAUCUUCACCAAACCCUCACAUCUCUCAACCCUUUGGUUUAGCUCUCAAGUCUCAUUUAUUUGACUCCUUUAAUGCAGAGGACACUCGAACCUUUAAAGAUGACAAACCAGCUGCUUCUUCGGUUCCUGAAUCGAAUGGCUGGAGCUUUCUCCAGUCCUUGUCCUCUGGCUCUUCCUCAAAGACAACGAGCUCUGAGAAAGAGAAUACUUAUGUUCAACGUCCAUCUUCUUGUAGAACUCUAAGCGACGAGAGUUUAGCAUUGUGCACUGAAAAUCUCGGAAGCGAAACAGGCUCUGAUGUUACUGACGUUGAAGAUCUGUUCUUGCUUUCUUUAUCUGACGUGCAGAACAAGAAACUCGGGGAAACAAGAACGUUGAAGAGUAGGAAAGAGAAUGUGAGCCCCAGUGAUCUCCCACCUCCGUUGACCAGUAUGAGAUGCAUUCAAAUGAGACCACGCCGUGAAGAUGGAAGAUUGGUCAUGACUGCCACAAAGGCACCGCCUCGUAACAUGUGCUUUCAAUCUGACCGAAGCAACGGUCGUCUCCGACUCUCUAUACUGAAAGACUCAGAUGAUGAAAUUGUAGAGGACGAAGAAGAGGCGACUAAGCAUGAAGAAACCGACGAGGAGGAGGAAGAAGAAGAGGAUGUAUUAGAUAGUGAUGACGUUAUGGAGACCGUUGAAAGACCAAGAAGAUGUGUUGAAGGCGAUCGGGAAAACAGGGGAUUGCUAAAUUGGGAAUCUUUGUGCGUUGCUACUUCCUAAAAUAAGAAACUUCUAAUUUGCUCUGUAUUCACAGUUUCACAAUUUUAUUUUAUUUUGAUGUAUUUUGUUUUUAUUUUUUUAAUAGAAACAUCGCCGUUUCCUCA